UGCAGAGUGUGAAUAUUCUUGGGUUGGGAAUAGAGCGUGUAGCUGUGAGUGCAUUGGAAGCAAAGCUCAUCAUGGCCGCCUCUACUCCGGUAGACAUUGCAAGGUAAGCUCGAGCAAGGUUCACUACCCGCUCUGAAGCUGAUGGCAGAUCCUCUUGCACAGCACACUCGCCAUGGAAGAUAUUCCAAUCAAAUUGCGUUGUGCGAUUUGCAACAAGCUUGCCCUGAACGCUUUUCGUCUGCCGUGUUGCGAUCAGUCCAUUUGCGAAACAUGCCAGUCUGCGCUGCCGGACACUUGUCCAGUGUGCGAGCAUUCUCCUGUCGCUGCCGAUGACUGCAAGCCUCACAAAGCCCUCCGAACAACGAUCAAGGUGUUUCUGAAGACCGAGGAGAAGAAACGCGAGUCUCGUGGCCGGUCGGAGAGUAUCAAUACAAUGCCAGUGACGAAUGGUACGCCUUUGGCUAUUGCUGAGCCAGCCAAGGAUCAACCUCCUUCGAGCACCCCGGCUCCCACGUCUCGUGCAGGCGAAAAGGAUCUCGCAGACACUGUGGAUCAAAGAGAAGAGAUCAGCAUGCAGGAAUCUGCGCAGUCACAGACUAGAGGUUCUGAGACACUUGAAGCCGAGAAGGAUAUCCCAAGACCGUCAACAGAGGUGUGACUUUUUGCAUCACUGAAUAAGUUUCUUGCAUUUGCUGACCAACCUAGGGUACUGUUGAGGGGGAGAAUCUAGAAACUAGUAAAGCUUUGAAUACAACAGCUGAACCCGUUGCCGACCACCC